UCCCUUCUGAAUGGAGUGUCUUUAACGUCAGAGUAGAGGACUUAACUUCCAGCACGAAAAUAUGAGAGCCCUACAUUCGGUCCUGGUCGGUGCCUUCCUGACCCUGCUGCUCUGCCUCGCCAGCCCCGGUCAUGGAGAAUCCUACUUUGGGGACAGCUACUGCAGUAUACAAGCCUUCCAAGAUGUCUCCACCUUCCAACUGUCACUACGGAUCAAGACGAGUCGGCGAAGUGGGCUGCUGUUACUGGCUGCAGGAAUGGAGGACUACCUGUUCCUGGAGCUCCAAAAUGGAAAAGUACAGGCACGGAUGAACAUGGGGGCUGGUGAGGUGACACUGACCUCAUCCCAAGGAGUACAACUGAAUAACCUUCUGGAUCACAAAAUCUCACUCACACUGCAAGAUGACAAACUUACCAUGACCGUUGAUGAUCUCUUCCCAACAUAUGUUCCAGUGAAUGAUGACGGGGAAGAGCUCAAUAUUGACCAGGGUAUUUGGCUUGGAGGAACAGGAGACCUGGAUACUCCUUACCUUAGCAAUGCCAUUCCCCCUUUCCGUGGCUGCAUGACUCAAGUCAAAUUUGAGUCCCAUCAGUUCGAUAUUCUCAGCACAGCCUUUAAACAAUGCCAUGACACAAAAGAAUCCUGUAGCAGCGAGUUUGAGGCUGGCGAUGGGGAGGCGACUAGUUUCAGCACUCCUGAUUCCUUUGUGUCCUUCCCCACCUGGAGCGGGGUUAGUGGUGCACCAAGGGUCCUGGAGGUCUUAAUGAAAACCACCAUUGAGGAUGCAUUGCUUGUUUUCCACCCUGGCCGAGAGUCAGACUUCAUUGCUGUCGGUGUUGUGAAAGGCUAUGUCAAAGGUAUGCUGGACCUCGGCAAUGGCGUAAAGGUGCUGGAUAAUACCCAGGUGCAGCUGGAUGAUGAUCAGUGGCACAGAGUUAAGGUCCAGGUCGGUCCGGAUUCUUUUGUCAUUAACGUCGAUAGCCAGUCCUCAUCACUCCCUCUUGACUCAUCUCAAAAAUUGGACUUGGUUGGAAACUUGUAUUUAGGAGGCAUUCAGGGGAAAAUGAAGGAUGUCUUUCGUGAGAGUGGGUCCUUAAAUCAUGUAGAGGACAUAAUGACAGCAGAAUCCUUCAUUGGUUGCUUGGGUGAAAUAAAAGUAAAUCAGAAGGAUAGAAGCCUGCUGGACGCUUUAGUGACCAAAGAUGUUCAUGUUAAAUGUGAAGGAGAGGACUAUGACUACUCAAGUUACUAUGACGUAGAUGCAACUACAUCUCCAACAUCCCCACCUGUUCGAAUCCGGUAUGUUGAUAUGGACUUCAAUGAACAGCAUUGUAACCCAACAGACGACACACCAGAGAUAUUCAGAAAUGUAAGAAAACUUCUUGAUGUCACCCUAAUGUUUGUGUCUGAAGGUGGGGAAGGUUUUCUUGAUCUCAGCAUCCUAAGCCCUACAUUUGACCUCAGUGCUGCAGGAAUACGCCAGUCCGAUAUAAUCUUUACUCUCCAUAAUGAACCUGCAUAUGGCUUGCUCGAUAUUAAUACUAACACAAAACGGACAAAAAAGUUCACUCUUCUGGAUGUUGCCAAUAAUAAAAUUAAGUAUAUGCAUGAUGGACAUGAGAGGCAUGCAGAUCAAAUCAUGUUAGAGGUGACUGCUCACAGUAGCAGCUAUCUUCCAGAAUGUUUAAAAACUUCUCAUGAGUAUGUCAUCCCAGUUGAAAUUAUUCCUGUCAAUGAUAUACCACAGCUUGGUGGAGGAGAAAUCACCAUCACAGAAAAUGGCAGGACUCGCCUGAGUCCCAGCCUUAUUAAAAUCAUGGAUUCUGACACCCGCUGUGAUGAAUUUGUAGUAACUGUAACCUCUGCGCCUUCCAUGGAAGUUGGUUACUUAGAAAAUGGUCAGCAGCCAGGAAGAAGCAUCUCAGAGUUCACUUGCAGGGAGUUAAAAGAUGGAAACAUCUAUUUUGUACACAGAGGUGGAAGUUCUGCUGGAAUUACCCUGGAAGUGUCUGAUGGACAAUCAGUGAGUCAUUCAACUACUUUUAAGUUAUCUGUAACAACGCCACAUGUAACUAUUGUCACCAACACUGGACUUCUUUUGUCUCAAGGAAGCAAUGCAUCUAUAGGUGUUCAAAAUCUGGCUGUCCUCGCUCAUCCUCGUAAUGGAGAUAUUAUGUACAACAUCACACAACCUCUGAUAUUUGGAGAAUUACGGAAAAUGACAAGGGAUGGGAUGUACAAGCAGGUUACAACUUUCCAUCAAUCUGAUCUGGAUCAAGACCACCUUAGAUAUAUCAGUACAGACUCUAGGGACCAGGAAGAUGUUGUGGUUGAACUGAUUCAGUUUGACGUCCACUUGGGACAGUUUUCUCUCUGGAACAACACCUUCUUAGUAAAGAUCAUGCCUGCACAAGUGAAAAUUUCUAAACUUGUCGUAUUUGAGAUGCAGGCCAGUGAAGAGCAAACAAUCGGAGUCGCAGAGCUUCAAGCUGAAGUAAAUGGGAAAAACCCAGAUCCACAAACUAUAAAAUACAUCCUUAUCAAGCCGCCAACACUUGGUAGUCUCCAGUUGUUUGACAGAGAGUUGGCUGAGGGUGACAUCUUCACACAGAAGGACAUUUCGGACAGUAAUCUUAGCUACAAGAUACGUGUGCAAAGAGCCGUGGAUAGUAUAGACCAGUUCCAGUUCAGAGUCUUUGCUGAUGAUCAGUACUCCCCUCUAUACACCUUCCCUAUUAACAUUCUCGCCAAUGCAGAUGCCCCUGUUUUGACCAAUGAGAACCUGGUUGUCUUGCAGGGUGGUGAACAUACUAUUAACAAAAAUUAUCUGUGGAUGCAGUCUCCAGGUCAUAUGGAUUUUGUGUACCAGGUCACAAAAGAGCCAAAGUAUGGCCGACUGAUAAGGGAUUCCCCACCCGGGCAGCCUAGAUUUGAGGGGGCCAUAAGGGUAUUCAGCAAUGAAGACCUCCAGCUUGACAGGCUUAUUUACAAGCACGAUGGCUCGAAGACAAGCAGUGAUGAAUUCCAUUUUUCAACAUCUGAUCAAGCAGCUGAAAGCACAAAUCAGCAAACAGUAAAUGGUAUUUUCAGAAUUUCUAUUAAAUCCAAAAACGAGCAUGCUCCUGUCAGGGUUGUGGAUAAAGUCUUCAAUGUAGUCCGCCAUGGUCAGCGUCUGCUAACAACUGAUGUGAUCCAGUUUAAGGAUGAAGACUCAGGUUUUAAUGACACCCAAAUAGUCUACGCUCGUGAGGGAAUUCUAUCAGGCAAUAUUGUCUCAACAUCUAAUCCCUCACAGCCUCUUUUCCGUUUCACACAAGCCGAUCUGAGAGAUAAGAAGAUCCUCUUCAUUCACCACGGAGCAGACCGGGAACGCUUCUCACUGCAGGUGUCAGAUGGCUUCCACAAGACCACCACACUCCUUCAGAUUCAGGCAAGUGAGCCCUACUUGCGAGUAGUAAACAACACAAUCAUUGUCAUAGACCAUGGAAGCACUAAGACCCUUAACACCACCUUGUUGAGCGCCAACUCCAACAUGGACAUCAGAGACGACAGUGAGAUCAAGUUCCAGGUCACAUCUCCACCCAGUGACGGCAGGAUUAUUGUGAGUGGGAUUGAGGCUUCAGUGUUCACCCAGAAAGACCUGAAGAAGGGUGUUGUGUCAUAUGAGCAUAAUUAUGAGAGUCUGAGGUCCAAGGACUCCUUCAGCUUCACUGUCCAAGCAAGAGGACAUUCUGAUGAGGGCACAUUCAGGAUUAAGAUAUUCAAGCAAGGUUACCUCUCUGAGCCUGAAGUGAGAACCAAUGAGGUCAUCAUUUCCUAUCAGGGAGAGCAUACCAUCAUCAACCAGGAUAAUCUCAAGGUGGAGCAAGCUGAUAUUCUUCCUACAGAAAUGGUGUUCACCGUUAAAGAGCCCCCUCGUCUCGGCCAUGUGGUCAAACUGACAAACAGCUCAGACAGCACAGCCUCGCCUGUCCUUGACUACAUUCACUCCUUCACUCAGGAGGACAUUGAUCAGGGGCGCAUUCUCUAUGUGUCUGCAUCCACCCAGGGCAAUGACGGCUUCACAGUGGAUGUCAGUAAUGGUUUUACGACAGUGGAGGACCUGCACAUCUCCGUGAACAUCGUGCCCCGGCUCAUCCCCCUGCAGACCUUCAACUUUACUGUGAAGGAAGGCCUCAGUAGGGCAAUUACCACAGACGUUAUUAAUAUUGUGCAUCCCUUCUACACCUCAGCAAACAUCGAAUUUGUUGUGGAAGAGUCACCGCAGCACGGGGACCUCCGCUACCUGGAUGGAGAUGAACUUAAUUACUUUACAUGGGAUGAGAUGAAACUUGGACACAUCUACUAUAUGCAUGACAGCACUGAGACCACAGAGGACAGUUUCACACUCUCUGCCUCGGCUUAUGAGAUUGAGCGCCGGAGCCUCCCUGUCACCAUCUCAGUGACUGUCAUACCAGUCAACGAUGAGCCGCCAAAACUGACACGUAACACGGGACUGGAGGUUCUUGCUGGAGAGGAAGCUGACAUCACCUCCAGCAUGCUGAACACUGAUGACGCCGACACCCGCGCAGAGGAACUGGUUUACCAUGUCGAGUUGCUGACCAGUGGGAUAGUGGCGUUGAAAGAGUCACCUGAAGACGAAGUCCUGAAUUUCACACAGGCUCAGAUAAACAAAGGGGAGGUGAUCUUCAUUCAUGAGGGUGAGGAGUCCGGUGGUUUCAGUUUCACUGUGACAGACGGAGAGCACACGUCUCCUCUCUACCGAUUUGUUGUCACAGCCAGGCCUCUUACCAUCACCAUGGUAACGCAGGAGGAGCUCAUGGUAUUUCCAGGAACAAGGAAGCCUAUCACAAGUGCCAAUCUGGGGGCUGUAACCAAUGAAGAUGGAAAUGAGAUAAGCUACUCACUGAUCCGCCCACCUCGUUAUGGAAGACUCAUCCUGGCCAAUGACAGGAACCAAUAUGAGGAAAUUACCAGCUUCUCACAAACACAGCUGGAGUCAGGAGCAGUCUUCUAUGAGCACCAGAUACCCGAUUGGCCUUUUUGGGUUGCAAGGGACUCCAUCGGGCUCACUCUGUCAUCCCAACCAGCCCCAGACGUCCAUCACAUCCUGCCCAUCACCAUCUCUUUUUAUGCUGCUCACAGCAACAUCUCCUCACAGCUGUGGAAGAACAAAGGUCUGGAAAUUGUGCAAGGCCAGAGGAAAGUCAUUGACGAUUCAAUUCUUGAUGCCUCCAACCUUCUAGCUAGCCUACCUGAAGAUCAGCGAGAUGAUGUGGAUGUAGUUUUUGAGAUUAAGCAUUUCCCGGACCAUGGUCGUAUCACCCUGGCUGGUCAGGACCUACCACGAAAUGCCCCAUCCUUCACGCAGGAAGAUUUAACUCAAGGAAUCGUGGAGUAUCUUCAUGAUGACUCAGGAGCCCCCACAGACAACUUGUCUUUCAGGGUCCGUCUGAAGUCAGAGGGUCGUAGUGUAGCUUCACCUGCUGAAUCUGUGAUCCUGGAGGAGGUCUUUAACAUCUCAGUCAAACGCCGUGGAUCUGAACCCCCUGAACUGGUUACUGUAGAUAUGCUCUUGGAGGUUUUUCAAGGCUCCAUGACCAUCUUGACCAAGAAGCAUCUUAACACUCAAGAUGAAGACAGUCCACCAGAUGAGGUGCACUUUAAAGUGACCAAAGCUCCUAGCAAUGGUCGACUCGUUGAUUCAUUCAUAAAGGACCCUAUUUCUGAGUUCACUCAAGAGAUGAUCAAUCGUGGACAGGUGGGCUUCUACAGCAAUGGAAGCCUUGCAGAUGGCUUUAUAGAAUUCAUCAUAUCAGAUGGAGAACACCAAACAGAGCCGCACACACUGCACGUUGGUGUCCUAGCUCGCACACUGCUUCUAGACAAAGCCCCUGAGAUCAAGGUGAAGCAAGGCGAUGAUGAGACGCUGGUGACUGAGGAGAUGUUGAGGGCUACUACUGGGGGGCCUGUUGAGGAAGACAUCCUCUACAAGAUCACAAGUGUUCCUAAAUAUGCAGCGGUCAUGGUAGAUCGGCAGCCUACAUCCGCCUUUACCCAGAAACAGAUCAAAGAAGGCAGAGUCAGUGUCCGCUUUGUUAAGUCCACUUCACCUCGAGACAGUGUUGCAUUUGUGGCCCGCAGCCGGGCUGCUAAUGUCUCCUCUGUCCUCAACAUCACAGUCCAGCCUCUGGCCAACAUUGCUCAGGAUCCUCUCUUACCCCAAGGUUCUCUUGUCCAACUGGACAGGAAGCUUCUCGAUGCCACUCCCCUGGCAAACAAGACCAGAACCUCUCCCACAUUUACUGUUAUUCAACAGCCAAGGGGGGCUCAUUUUGUGAGGUAUGGAAGUCCUGGGGCAGGCCAGCCAGUAGACACAUUCAGCCAGAAGGACCUGGAUGAGGGACGUGUAGCUAUGGAAAUCCUAAAUAGCUCUUCUGGAUCACGAGAUGGUGUCACUCAGGAUGAGGCUCGCUUCUUGCUCAAAGCCCAUGGGGUUCCUCCUGCAGAAUGUGUGCUUUCCUUUCAGACAGGCCCCUACAAUGCCUCUGGCAUCUACCCUGCCAAAAUGUUAAGGAUUCCCCCAAAGGACAGUAAUGAGCUCCCUGGUGUAGGUGGGUCCCCUCGUGCCACUCCAGCUAGCCCCCACUGGAAGGGCAACAUGGACUGGCCCCAUGGAGAUGCCCCCACUACAACAUCUUCUGGUUCUGGCUCCCAUGGGAAACCACAUGUUUCCAGGCGCAGUAACUUCUGGUCUAUUCUCAUCCCGAUCAUGGUAAUCCUCCUCCUCUUGCUGCUGGCAGCCAUCUUGGCCUACUACCUGAUCCGUAAAAACAAGACAGGCAAGCAUGAUGUCCAGACGGCAGCAACCAAGCCCAAAAAUGGAGAGGUGGCCAGCACAGAAACCUUUCGCAAAACUGACCCAGUCAAUAACAUCCCCAUGUCCAACAUGGACUCCAAAGACACAGAUCCGGAGUUGUUGCAGCACUGUCGGACAACAAACCCGGCCUUGAAAAAGAACCAGUACUGGGUCUGAGACACUUUGAGAUAGGACACAGAGGGAGGUGGAUUGUCAAGUGUUUGAAAGCCUCCUCAAAUCAUUCCUCUCAGUAUUAAAGACCUCUUGCCACACCAGUUUAAAAGAAAAUUAUUUUUUGACAUCAUUGGUUAUUUACUCUUCUCAAUAUAACUGUGGACAAAUUCUCAGGCAAUGAAACACUGAAUACUUAUUGGCAAAAAAAGAGGCAGUUUCUUAUCUAAGGAGGCUCAUGCCAUCUCUAUUUAUUUGAGUUUUAUCAUUCCUCUUUGUCAAAGGGCACAAAUAAAGACAUAAACAUGCCAUGUGUUUGCAAACAGUAUUGUGGGUGUGCUCUGACAUUGUAUUCAAUAUGAUAUUAUAGGCCAUUAUUAUUCAUUUGUGUGGCUAGGUAAUUUAAAGUCUUUGUAAUAGUUUGAUUUUAGUUUUUGGUUCAUCAGGAAAGUUGAUAAGCCUUGUAUAUAGAUGGUGAGGUAAAUAUAUGCUGUAUUAUCAAGAAGAUGAAAAACUGCCUCUUUGUGUUUUCUCUUUAUGUUUUUAACAUACCGUUGUCUUAUGUUUCUCAGGGCUAAAUUCAGUUUAAAAAAUAGUACAGUAUUUUGGAAAAUGGGUUCAUUCACCUUUUCAGAGUUAGAUGAGAAGAUGUAUAUUACUAUCUGUUAAUUACUAAAUUAUAGCUAAAGAAUUUGGCUGUAGUAAUUGUAGGCCUCUUAAAGCUCUCAAUUUGUAUAACCCAUACAAAAACCACAGUAUGAAAACAACAUGUUUUGGUUUUAUGGUGCCCAUUUCUUGGCCAGAUGCAAUGACUGAUCUGGCUGAUCAAACAUACUAGUUGUUUCCCAAAUAUGAGCGUGUCAAUCUUCUCAUCUAAUUCUCUGUAAGAGAGCGAGUACGUUCCCAAAAUGUCGAACUAUCACUUUAAUGUCAUCACACGCUAAUGCUUUCGUAGUUUGACUUUUGUGUGAAAAGAAAAACUGAAAAACCUGUUGGUGCAACAUGCACAGGUUUGAUUGAAUUUAGCUCCGAGUGAUAUCAUCAUUUGUCAUAUGUUAUUAUUUCUGCAUGCUUCCAGAGUGCUUGUAAAUAUUCACUGGACUGGCAAAGCACUGACCACAAAACUACACAGUGCACAGUUUGUAGACCAUGAGAAGGAUGUUAUUUCGGUAGUAUUGGCGUUAAACACAUCUGUACUGGCUGACAGGCAGCGGUGAGGUCAUCUCAAACUGGGAUGUUUCCAGUUUCCAUGUCUGCAAUUAAGAAUUCAUUUUUUUAAAAACUGGUUGCUGCUGGUUUGGGGAAAAUAAAUAAAAUGCUCCACUUGUUAAGUUGCAUUGAAAUAAACUAAAAUUGACCGUUUGUUUUUAAGUUUUCAAAGCUAUUUUUGAUUUUUAAGCAUUCCAUAUGUAAGCUGAAUAUACACACUGUCAUAUAUUGAGAUCAUGAUCUUUUUUUUUUUUUUACUCUUUAGACUUUUUUAGAUUUUGUAUGUUGAAACUAAGAAGAGCGUUACUGUAAAUCUGAUCUUCUUGUUCCUCUUUAGACCUCUUUAUUGUCACUCUGUGACAGUCAUCUGGCUGUUGAAUGUUAAGUAUUAAGGUGGAGUAGAAAGUGUACAAAGAGAGAAUCAGAUAACUUUUUUAAUCCACUAAAGAAAAGAAAUACUCAAACAACAACUUCUUGCUACUAUUUGCUGUACAUUUCUUUUCUCAUGCUGUAUACUGAUGACACAUUAUUCUUCAUUAGUCAUAUACUGAAUAUACAAUAUUUUGUUUGCGGUAUUCAUCUUCUAAUGAUCUUAUAUUUUUGUAGUGUUUUGAGAGCAGGUAAUGUAGAUUUUACAAACAGCACAGAGCUCAGGAAGUGAUGUGUUCAAGGAGACUGUGUAUUUCUAGUUACAGAUAGCUGAAAUAAAAAUAUUGGUCCCUCUGUCAAGUUUCACAUCCUCAUCUUACCAGUUAUAUGUGUAAAUAUUCGGUUUUUGAGUAAGAUUAUUUGUGCUUGAUUAAUGUCUCUUUCUCUCUCUCUCUUUGUUGCAUCAAAGGUAUAUAUACAUGUAACCACAUUCAAACAUUCAAUUAGACUACAAAGCAUGUGUGUCUUUAUGUGUGAGUGUGUGUUUGUGCAGGUUCCCAUCACUCCACUCUGUCACUCAUCUGUUUCAUGCUUCCUCACAGCUGAGUUCAUUGCAGAGUUUAAACUCUGCCCCUUUUUAUUAUUUAUUAUUUCUGUCAUUUCCCAUACAUCAAUUCAUUCAAGUCCUGUGCUUUGUCAGAGAUUAAACUGUAAUUGCAGGUGCCUUUACAAAUAAUAGCAAAGUUUAUAUUCUGAGCAAGAGAAUUCUGAACAAGAGAAACGUCUGUUGCUGCAGUCUGCCUUUGUGCUUGUUCUUGGCGCUGAUAGAAAUAAAAAUGUUCAUGCAA